AUGGGUCCUUCCAGCAUGCCCUCUGUGCCCCUCAUGGUGGGCUGCGGGGUCUCCUGCACCGCUCUGCUCAUCCUGCUGCUAAUCUACGCUGCCUUCUGGAGGUACAUACGCUCGGAGAGAUCCAUCAUCUUGGUGAAUUUUUGCCUCUCCAUCUUGGCCUCCAAUUUAUUGAUUCUGGUGGGACAAUCUCAAACGCUCAGCAAGGGCCUUUGUACUGUGACUGCCGCCUUCCUGCAUUUCUUCUUCUUGGCGUCCUUCUGCUGGGUGCUGACGGAGGCAUGGCAGUCCUAUCUGGCCGUCAUUGGCAAAAUGAGGUCACGACUGAUUCGCAAGCGUUUCCUGUGCCUCGGCUGGGGUCUCCCAGCUCUAGUUGUAGCAGUGUCAGUGGGUUUCACCAGAGCGAGAGGUUACGGCACAGCAAGCUAUUGCUGGUUGUCCUUGGAGGGCGGUCUGCUUUAUGCCUUUGUUGGGCCGGCUGCUGUCAUUGUAUUGAAUCUCCAGUCCACCACAUGA